AUCUUCUUGGAAGAAUAUAUAUAAACAUAUGUAUGUAUAAUCCAUGGAGACUGGGUAAUCAUCGGUUCUCCUUUGAAAGUUCGAGUGCACUCACCAGAUGCUGAGUCAUUAAACAAAGGGAUGGCCUGGUUAACUCGCUCCAAUCCUCUACUGAUAGUUUCAGCAGUAACAGCCAUCUGCCGCCAUAGUUCUUCUCGAGCUUUAUCCUCUUCUGAAUUUCUUAGCAGAAGGUCCGACGAAAUAGAACUAAUCAAAGAUAGCAACAGUACUCGAUUAGGAUGGGACGUGUUGAAACACAGAUUUCUGAGUUUCAAGAAGCACAAAUAUCUAAAACAAUUUGAACAAUUUCGUGCACUUGCCGAAGCUCAAUCCCCAAAGUUUAUGGUAAUAGCUUGUGCAGAUUCUAGGGUUUGCCCUUCCAAUAUCCUCGGAUUUCAACCAGGAGAAGCCUUUAUGGUUCGCAAUAUUGCCAAUCUUGUCCCUCCAAUUGAGAAUGGCCCAUCAGAAACUAACGCUGCACUUGAAUUUGCAGUAAAUACUCUUGAAGUAGAAAACAUAUUAAUCAUCGGUCACAGCAGCUGUGGAGGGAUUCAAAGCCUCAUGAGCAUGCAAGAGGAUCAUGAUUCAAGUUUUAUUCAUAGGUGGGUUUUUCAAGGAAAUGUCGCCAAGUUAAAAACAAAACGCCAAGCAAAUCACCUUAGCUUUGAUGAACAAUGCAGACAUUGCGAGAAGGAAUCGGUGAAAGGUUCUUUAGUGAAUUUGUUAAGCUACCCAUGGAUUAAAGAUAGGGCAAGAAGAGGUUUACUGUCCGUCCAUGGAGGAUACUAUGAUUUCUUCAACUGCACGUUUGAGAAAUGGACGGUUGAUAUUGAUUGUGAUGAUCAAGAUGGGUCUAAGCCCAAAUACUCUGUCAAAGACGGGGCAAUCUGGCGCUGAUAAUCCAUCAUUUUCUUUUUCACUCCAUCCUCAUGUAAAGAAAACAAAAAUUAUGUUAGAUCAUAUUUAAUAUAUAAUAUAACACCCCAUUUUUUUUUUAA